AUGCCGAGUGAUGCAAGCCUGGCCCAGACCAGGAGCCGGGGCAAUUUGGCCCCUUCGUUUGGGUCGCCCAUAAAUGCCCCACUGGUUGAGAUGCCAAUCCGGGAAGUUCCGAUCCUCAAUAGUCAGGAUCAAAUAGUGAGAACAUAUCAAGUGGUCCCGUUUACCAGUAGUGAUCUAUUAAACUGGAAAAAUUCCACCCCUCCGUACUCGGAGCAGCCCCAAGCAAUGGCUAACUUAUUGGAAAGUAUUAUGGCAACCCAUAAUCCCACCUGGCAGGAUUGCAAACAAUUACUCCAGGUUCUGUUUACUACUGAGGAAAGGAGACAGGUGAUCAAUCAGGCAAUACUACUGGCUCAGGCACAGCCCCCGGCGGGGACAGAUGCAGUGGUUUGGGGGGUCCAAUGUCUCCCGAUUGAGGUGGAUCCCCAAUGGGACCCCAACAAUCCACAACAUAGGGUGGACUUGAAAGUAUUUCAGGGCCUUUUGGUGGAUGCUAUAAGGCACAGUCCACCGCGCCCUGCAAACAUACUCAAAAUACAGAGUGUCAAACAAGAAAAGACAGAAUCCCCUACAGCGUUCUUGGAAAGAUUGGAAGAUGCCUAUAGAAAAUAUAGCCCCUAUAAUUUGGAGGAUGACAAUGGAAAGAGGGCAUUGGCACAAUCUUUCAUUACACAGGCAGCAGAUGAUAUAAGAAGGAAAAUCCAAAAACAACCUGGGUUUUUAGGGAAGACCAUGAAUGAGUUAUUAGCCAUAGCUGACCAGGUCUAUAUGGCUAGGAACCAGCCAAUGGUCACUGUAGAAAUCGGGGACCAACAAAUUGAUUUCUUGGUGGAUACAGGGGCUGAAAGAUCAGUAAUAAACAAGCUAACGAGCCCACCAAGUGAUGAAACRACUCGAGUUGUAGGGGUUUCAGGAAAAGUCCAGAAAUGCCCCUUGCUCCAGGAAAGGACUUGUAAUUUGGCUGGACAUAAUGUGAGUCACAAAUUAUUAUACCUCCCGGAUUGCCCUGUUCCCCUCUUGGGGRGAGACAUUCUCUCUAAAUUAAAGGCACAGAUUCAAUUUAUUAACACCGGCCAGAUGGAAUUGACUAUUCCAYUGGAAGAGGAAUGGAGGUUGUUUCUCAUAAGACAGGAAGCAUCAGAACCACCAAAGGUUCAGUGGCCGUGGGAGAGGACGCCUUUGGUGUGGGCAGAAGAUAACCCGCCCGGCCUGGCUAAAUAUGUACCCCCAGUGGUGGUGGAAGUAAAGAAAGGAAUGGGGCCGGUAAAGAGGCCCCAGUACCCUGUAAGUCGGGAAGCAUCAAUAGGAAUACAGAGACACAUAGACAGGCUACUGGAACAUGGAAUAAUUAUACCUUGCAGCUCACCCUGGAACUCUCCCCUGUUGCCGGUUAAAAAGCCAGGGGGGGAGGGCGAAUUUCGCCCUGUUCAAGACUUAAGAGCAGUGAAUCAAGUCACUGUUCCUUUGACCCCGGUAGUGCCAAAUCCAUAUAUCAUGAUGAGUUUAAUACCCGCAUGGACGGCGUGGUUUACUGUAUUGGAUAUUAAAGAUGCGUUCUUUUGUAUCCGGUUGGCUCCGGUGUCCCAGCCGAUUUUUGCGUUCCAGUGGGACACCCAACAAGCCGGCCAAAGGGCCCAAUAUAUGUGGGCUCGUCUCCCUCAGGGCUAUCAUAGUAGCCCGACGAUAUUCGCACAAGCACUGGCUAAAGAUAUGGAGGAAUUUGAAAUUCCGGAGGGUGAAGGGGUGUGGCUCCAAUACGUGGAUGAUCUGCUGAUAGCCUGUAGGACAGAAGUUGGAUGUAGGCACUACACUCUGAGAAUGUUGGAAAUAUUAGAAGAAAAAGGAUACAAAGUGUCCAAAAAGAAGGCUCAAUUGUGUCAAAGAGGUGUAAAAUAUCUAGGGUUUGAAAUAUCCGAGGGACAUCGGUCGUUGGGGGUCGAAAGGAAAAAAGUUAUAUGUGCAAUACCAACCCCGUCCAGCAGGAGGCAGGUUAGGGAAUUUUUGGGUUCAACAGGGUAUUGUCGGCAGUGGAUCCCAGGUUAUGCUGUAUUGGCCAAGCCUUUGUAUCAGGCCACCCGAGGGAAUAGAGAAGAUCCAUUCCAAUGGACAGAAAAAUGCCAACAAGCCUUUGAAGCUUUAAAAGAGGCUUUGAUGUCAUCACCAGCCCUGGGCCUACCUGAUAUGGAAAAACCCUUCAUUCUGUUCGUAUCGGAGCGAGAAGGAGUAGCAGUGGGCGUACUCACCCAGGCUUUAGGAUCAUGGCAAAGACCAGUGGCAUACUUGUCAAGACAACUAGACACAGUAGCGCAGGGAAUGCCACCGUGCCUGCGGGCUGUGGCAGCGGCAGUAGAUUUAAUAAAAGAAGCAAGCAAAUUGACUUUAGGGCAGCCACUGGUCGUAAAGGUACCACACCAUGUGAAGGCAUUGUUAGACACCAAGGGACCACGCUGGCUCACAAACGAGAGACUGACUAAGUAUGAGGGGGUGUUAUGUGACAACCCGAUGGUAACCCUAGAAACUUGCGCCACCCUGAAUCCGGCUACCUUGUUGCCUGCCCCGGGGGAGGAAAUGGUCCACCAGUGCAUUCAGGUGAUGGAACAGGUAUACUCCAGCCGACCCGAUUUAAAAGACGUACCAAUGUCCAACAUAGACAUGACCCUAUUCACAGAUGGCAGCAGCUUCGUGGAGAAUGGUGAGAGGCGUGCAGGGUAUGCGGUGGUGCAGGGGGGGGGAGAGAUUUUGGAAGCAGAGUCGCUCCCUCCGGGAACCUCCGCUCACGCCCUCACCAGGGCACUGCAGUUGGCAAAAGGAAAGCGGGUCAAUGUCUACACGGAUUCAAAGUACGCUUUUACUACGCUUCAUGCCCAUGGAGCUUUGUACAAGGAGCGGGGACUCCUUACGUCGGCUGGAAAGGGCGUUAAGAAUGCAGCUGAGAUUGUGGCCCUUCUGGAGGCGGUUUGGGAACCGGAUCGGGUUGCUGUAAUGCAUUGUAAGGGACACCAGAGGGGAGAAGAUCCAGUUACGCAAGGAAAUAGGUUAGCUGAUUUGGCCGCAAGGGAGGCAGCAAAACACCCCCGCAAUAAGCAGUGCCUGCUAACUGCAACUGCAUUAGAGGACCCC